UCACCACCUUAUAACCUCACUCCCUCUCUCCAAUUCACUUCAGUCUUCAUUCAAGCAAAUACAGUAAGAAGAGUAAACCCUAGCUUGCAAGUAAUGGCAAAACCACCUGUUUCCGGUCAUAAUAACCCCACUUCUGAACACCUUCAGUCAAUUGGAUUGCAAACAUGGAUUUUGAGAGUUUAUAUUCACUGCGAAGGAUGCAAGAAGAAAGUAUUCAAAGUUCUUCAGAGCAUCGAUGGUGUUUAUAAAACGGUUAUAGAUGCAAAGGAGCACAAGGUUACCGUUACCGGGUCUGUUAACGGUGAAAUUCUCGUCCAGAAGCUUCUUAAAUCCGGUAAGCACGCUGAGAUUCUGCCGGAGAGUUUUGCCGCUAAGGCGGCCGCCGAUAACGCUUCUGGACAUUCAAAUUCAAAGAAGAAGAAAAAACAGAGCAACAAACAGUUACAGAACGACGUCGUAGCGACAGCCACCGACGACGACGUUGAACAUGUCAACGACGAACAAAACGAAUCCAAAGGUGCGUCUUCCGGCGGAAACGUUGAAAAAAUAGCUGAUCCAGCUGUCACCGGCGGUGAUGGUGGCGGUAACGGUAACGAAACCGGUGGUGGUAAGAAGAAGAAAAAUAAGAAAAAGAAAGUUGGUGACACUCACGUGCAACCAAACAUUGAAACCGACGGGCUACCGGCGGAGACUGCAACGGCUUCUAUGGAGCAACUAAAUUUGGGGCCUCAAAUGCCUCAGAUGGUUUACUCAACACCGUACGAUAUACCGCCAUAUCAGAGCUACUAUCCUACACCGGCAUAUGGGGUGAGUUAUAGCACAUCUUACCCCAGUGCUGAGUCUUCAUAUUAUACACCACCGGUGUAUGGAUACGCACAAUCGCAUCCGUCGGUUUUUUAUCCUCCGCCACCGUCGAAUUAUCGUAGGAGCGCGUUUGAUGAUUAUGAUGACGAAGGUGGUGAGGGGAGGGCGUGCGCCAUCAUGUGACACUAAGAAUAAUUCUGUUACAAGGCUUGUAACAGAAGAAAAUAUCUCAGUACCUAAGUUUGGCGUACAUAUAUUAUAUGAUUAUAUAUUGUAGUUUUAAGUACCAGAUGCGACUAUGAUAUAGAAGGGUUUUUUUGUAUGUAAUGUUUUUAAGGCUUUUGAAUAUAUAAAAUGAAGUUUUGACUUA